UUCAAUGUUUAUUUCAAAAGCCUUGGCCCAUCGAAUACGUUCCUGAAAGAGUAUUGGGAAUCAUUGAAUUGUACGACUCAAGUGAAUUUCGGAGAAUGUUUCUCUCAUCUGGGUAUUACGUUCGAGCAAGAGGCCUACGUUUCAUCAGUAGUUGAUGCGGUUAACCUUGUUGCAAGAGCGUUGCAUCGAUAUGUUAAGACUGCAUGCGGUAAAAUACCGUUUCAUAAGUGCAACGUUUCGCGGAUUGGUUUUGAAGGAAGUCGACUGCAAAAAUACUAUCGCAACGUUUCGUUAACACCUGGUAGCCCUCCGUUAAUUGAUGCAAACGGUGACGGUAUUGGCAAGUACAGCAUUUAUCAGUUGAACGAUCAUGGCAGAUAUACGAAAGUAGGAAAAUGGAUCGCUGGAAAGGACUUUGAUCUGGACAUCGACCGAGUUAGGAAUGGACUGAAGAAUUGGGACGCACCGUUACCACUCUCGGUUUGUAGCACCAAAUGUGACCGAGGAUAUUAUCGUGCCUAUCAAGACCAAACAUGCUGCUGGACGUGUAUUCCCUGCGAUGUUACAACCUCUAUUAUAUUGAACGAAACUAGUUGUAUUCAAUGUCCACUGGGUGAAGUACCGAAUAAGGAUCUGGAUACGUGUAAACCUAUCCCACCAGAAAUACUGCAUUAUGAUAGUCCAUGGGUCGUUCUGCCUGCAGCGUUUUCUACACUCGGUAUCGCAGCAACGAUUUUCGUUGUUUUGGUUUUUAUUCGAUACAGUUCAACACCAGUCGUUAUGGCAUCAGGUCGAGAGCUGUGCUAUUGCAUGCUCAGUGGUAUAUCGCUUUGCUAUAUGGUCACAUUCGUUCUCGUUUCAAAGCCAACCGUCGGCAUAUGUGCUGCUUCGAGGGUUUUGAUUGGUUUAUCGAUGUCGGCUAUUUACGCUGCGAUACUCACCAAAACGAAUCGUCUCGCAAGAGUUUUUGCACCACACAGUGCGGCUAGACCCGGUUGCAUAGUUCCUCGUGCCCAGGUUGGUAUCUGUGCGGCGAUCGUUUCUGUGCAACUGGUUGGUUCAUUGAUAUGGUUGAUAAUCUAUCCGCCCGGUACGAAGGUACAAUUCCCGACUCGAACCGAAGCCAUUCUAACGUGCAAAGCCACGGCAGCGCAUUUGUUGGCGUCGUUGAUGUACAAUAUGCUGCUCAUUAUUGCGUGCACGUUGUACGCAUUCAAAACACGCAAAAUACCCGAGAAUUUCAACGAAACGCGUCUGAUUGGAUUCACGAUGUAUAGCACGAGCAUUCUUUGGUUAUCGUUUGGGCCGAUAUACUUUGCGACUCAAAACAAUUUCAAGGUUUACGUUUUUGAUACUUCACGCUUUCAUUUUUAA